AUCUAUACUAUAUUUUGUCUAUGACUAACCAUUUUUCGGAUUGUGUUAACGUUGUUGGUAUUCUAGUCUCCUAAAAAAUUAUUAAUUCUGAUUUAAGUGAUAAAUAAAUUAGAGAAAAUAAUAAAUCAGCGUUAAAAGUAACUAUUUAUAAUUUAACAAUUAAAUUGUUAAUUAAUAAUGGGCCCACCAAAACGUUUUAAAAAGGACAAUGGUAUGAAGAUAGAGGUAAAUGGAAAAAGCGUAAAGAGGAUCCAGAAGAAUACAAUGACGAUGAUACUUUAGAUGAUAAUGAAACUGAAGGUAUACCUGAUGCAGCCAAAAAUGAUGUUGAAAAGCAAGAUGAUACAGCAUUGGAAGAUGAAUUUGGUGCAAAGGAUUAUCGUUCGCAGAUGAUUUUAAAAUCUGAUUGUACUUUAAGGCCACUUUGGGUGGCGCCAAAUGGGCAUAUUUUUUUAGAAUCUUUUUCACCUGUAUACAAACAUGCUCAUGAUUUUUUAAUUGCUAUCUCAGAGCCAGUAUGUCGUCCAGAACACAUUCAUGAGUAUAAAUUAACUGCUUAUUCUUUGUAUGCUGCUGUUAGUGUUGGGCUUCAAACUCAUGAUAUAAUAGAAUAUUUAAAAAGACUUAGUAAAACUAGUAUUCCUGAUGGGAUUAUAGAAUUUAUAAAAUUGUGUACAUUGUCAUAUGGCAAGGUAAAGUUGGUAUUAAAGCACAAUAAAUAUUUUGUUGAAUCUCCAUAUCCCGAGGUAUUACAAAAAUUACUGAAGGAUCCUGUAAUUCAAGAAUGUAGGUUGAAAAAGACUAUAGAAGAUGAAAAAGAUGAGAUAAUCACAAAUGUUCAAAGCAAAACAAAAGCACCACAGUUUGGAGCAAAAGCAGUGACUAAUGUUCCAACUGGAAACACUAAAGUAACAGAAACGACUAACGAUCAGGUUCCAGCAGAAGUAGCUGCUGUUCCCGAAGAUAUUACUACCUUCUAUGAUAAAAUGGAUAAAGAGGAUGAAGAUGAAGAAGAAGAACACGAAUUAAAGACAGUUAGUUUUGAAGUAAAUCAGGAAAAAAUUGAAGUUAUCCAAAAAAGAUGUAUAGAAUUGGAGUACCCGUUAUUGGCAGAAUAUGAUUUUCGCAAUGAUACCGUAAAUCCAGACAUAAACAUUGAUUUGAAACCGUCGGCUGUACUGAGGCCCUAUCAGGAGAAGAGUUUAAGAAAGAUGUUCGGAAAUGGGCGUGCUAGAUCAGGCGUUAUUGUUUUACCUUGCGGUGCCGGUAAAAGUUUAGUUGGAGUAACAGCUUGUUGUACAGUUCGGAAACGUGCGUUAGUCUUAUGUAAUUCUGGAGUAUCGGUAGAACAAUGGAAGCAACAAUUUAAAAUGUGGUCCACCGCGGACGAUUCAAUGAUUUGUCGAUUCACAAGCGAAGCAAAGGACAAACCUAUGGGUUGUGGAAUUUUAAUCACAACAUAUUCUAUGAUCACUCAUACACAAAAACGUUCAUGGGAAGCGGAACAAACUAUGCGAUGGCUCCAAGAACAGGAAUGGGGAAUUAUGGUUUUAGAUGAGGUACAUACGAUUCCUGCAAAAAUGUUCAGAAGAGUGUUAACAAUCGUUCAGUCCCAUUGUAAAUUGGGAUUGACCGCGACAUUACUUCGAGAAGAUGAUAAAAUUGCUGAUCUCAAUUUUCUGAUUGGACCUAAACUGUACGAGGCCAACUGGUUAGAAUUGCAAAAAAGAGGCUUUAUCGCAAGAGUACAAUGUGCCGAAGUUUGGUGUCCUAUGUCGCCGGAAUUUUAUAGAGAAUAUCUUGGUUGCAAAAUGACUAAAAAAUUGUUACUUUAUGUGAUGAAUCCUAACAAAUUUCGUUGCUGCCAAUAUUUAAUACGAUAUCAUGAAAGGCGUGGCGAUAAAACCAUUGUUUUCUCAGAUAACGUUUUUGCUUUGAAACAUUAUGCCAUUAAAAUGAACAAACCGUAUAUCUAUGGUCCCACUAGUCAAAGCGAACGAAUACAAAUUUUGCAAAAUUUCAAAUUCAACACUAAAGUAAAUACCAUAUUUGUGAGUAAAGUGGCAGACACUUCCUUUGAUUUACCAGAGGCUAAUGUCUUAAUUCAAAUAUCUUCGCACGGCGGUUCACGACGUCAAGAAGCACAACGUUUAGGACGAAUUUUAAGAGCUAAAAAAGGUGCCAUCGCGGAGGAAUACAAUGCGUUUUUUUACACUUUGGUAUCACUAGAUACGAUGGAAAUGAAUUACUCGAGAAAGCGUCAGCGUUUUCUUGUAAACCAAGGAUAUGCUUACAAGGUCAUUACAAAACUUGCAGGAAUGGAAGAAGAACCAGAUUUGAUGUAUACAUCUAGAGAAGAACAGGGUCAUUUGCUACAACAAGUCCUAUCUGCGAGUGACAUUGAUGCGGACGAGGAAAGAAUACCUGGAGAAGGACCCAGACCUAUUGUACGUAAAGCCGGAAACAUGACUUCGAUGUCAGGCGCGGACGAUGCAGUUUAUUACGAAUAUAAAAAGGCUCCUAGUUCGUCUACAGCAAAUAAACAUCCGCUGUUUAAAAAAUUUAGGACAUAAAAAAUUUGGAUUGUAUAUAUAAAAGUAUUUAAAAAAUAACAUAUAAAAUCUUUCCUUAGUGUA